GUAACCGCUCCCCCCUCCCGGCUGCGUGGCUGAUGGGGGCCCUGAGCUCGGUCGGGGUUUGUGCAGCUCCUGGCCCAAUAGGGACCUGAUCUUGGUUGGCACCUCUAGGGCUCUUGCAAUGCACAAAACCCAGCAAUACCAAUGUGCUGGCAUCACAACGCCCUCUUUUAUCUGCUGCCCAGUUCCAACGUCCCCUGGGAGGGUUUGAUUAUCUUGCUGCUGCUGGGAAGGGACCUGCCCUUCUUCCAGCCAGAUGGUUGGGGAGUGCAGGCGGGGGGUGUCUAAACCCCUUGAACACCUUCUUUCCAGCACCCUCUGGGUCUGGGGUGCACCACCCCUCCCCCCGGUUUGGUCCAGGUCCUGCGACCCGGAGCCUGAGUGUCCCUGUUUGUGGCAUGGUGAGAGCCAUCUCCUGCUCAAUCCCCCUGCUGCACCCUCGAUCUGCAAAGCACAGGAUCAGCCCUGCUAGAGCCCACGGGGUGGGGAUUCACUGCCUCGUCUGACCAACUCCCCAGCUGUGCAUCCUAUGGGCCAGUGAAUCCUGUGUGAUGGGGAUCCACUCCCUUCUGGAGCCCACCAGCCAGUGAUCCACACAGCCCCCCACUGGAUCCCACCAGGUAGAACCCUCUGGAUCCCACAGGGCACUGAUUCACUCCUCCCUGCAUUCCACAGGGCAGUGAUCUGCUCCCCCCAGAUCCCAUGGGGCAGUGAUCUGCUCCCCCCAGAUCCCACGGGGCAGAGAGCUGCUUCCCCCCUGGAUCCCACAGGGCAGAGAUCUGCUCCCACCCAGAUCCCACGGGGCACAGAUCUGCUCCCCCCAGAUCCCACGGGGCAGAGAUCUGCUCCCCCCCAGAUCCCACAGGGCAGAGAUCUGCUCCUCCCCGGAUCCCACGGGGCAGUGAUCCGCUCCCCAAGGCAGCGGAGGGGGCAUUGGUGGAGACAUGGGGGUGUCUCUACCCCUCCUGGCUCCUCUCCAAUUCCCUGCCGUGCUCCUCAGCCUCUCCUAGCAUCAGCCCCAGCCCAGCCCUUAUCUGUCCCCUCCCAGCCUGCCUGCCUCGCGGAGUGCAGCCACAACCUGCAGCCAGGAGCCAGGGAGCCCUGCCAGGCCAGACGGCUCAGCGCUCAGGACCAUGGAGCCUCGGUGGAGCCACAUUGCUGCCCUCUGCACCCUGCUGGCCUGGGCCACCUGCACCAUGCAGGAGGGAGCUGGCCCCGACAAUGGCUUCAACAUCCAAGCUGCCCUGCUUCUGGGUGAGGAGCCCCUGGACCCCAAAUGUUUCACGCGCUGCCUGGAGGACCUGACCUGCUUCUGGGAGAGCAGCAGCCCGCCGAGCGCCACGGAAUAUGGCUUCUUCUACGUCGUGGAGGGGGACGCCCCGCAGCGCUGCAACCUGAGCGUGGCCCGGACGCCCUGGAACAGCACCCGCUUCACCUGCAUCUUCCCCCCCCAGGACACCCCGUCCUUCACCCCCCUGCAUGUUGGUGCCUACGCUGGCAAUAGCAGCAACAUCGUCCACGCCCGCACCAUCAUGGUCAACCAAGUGGUUCUCCUGGACCCUCCGUCCAACCUGACGGUGCGUGCGACCGAGAGCCCGGGGCAGCUGACGGUGAGCUGGCAGCCGCCCGGCCUCCGCUACCUGGAGAGCAGCCUGCGCUACGAGGUGGCCUUCGCCCCCGAGGGCGCCGAGCGCCAGAUGGUGAGCGUGCCCCCCCCCGCCCCCGCCCGCCCGCCCGCCCCCGCCCGGCCGCCCCUCACCCUGCCCUCCCGGCCCCCGCAGGUCGACAUCCCCGACGGCCGCACCGAGUGCCUCAUCCUCAACCUGCGGGGCCGGACCCGUUACGCCCUGGCCGUGCGCGCCAAGCCCGACGGCGUCAGCUACAGCGGCUACUGGAGCGCCUGGUCGGCGCCGGUCACCGUGGUGACGCCCCGCGAUCUGGACCCCCUGAUCCUGUCGCUGUCGCUCAUCCUGGUGCUCAUCGUGGUGCUCUUGGCCCUCUUUGCCCUGCUCACCCACCGCAGGUUUUUGAAGAAGCAGCUGUGGCCUGUGAUUCCCAGCCCGGAGCACAAAUUCGAGGGGCUUUUCACCCUCUACAAGGGGAACUUCCAGCUCUGGCUGGGACAAAGAAACGCCUGCCUCUGGUGGAGUGGGAACCCUGGCUACUUGGAGGAGCAGCCCAGCCUGCUGGAGGUGCUGUCCGAGGGCCGCGAAUCCAAGGCGGAGGGGCCGGUGCCCCCUCUGCCCCCCAAAGCCCAGGGCUCGGCCCUGCCCACCCGCCCUCAGCUGCCCGCAGAGCUCCAGGGUGACUACCUGGUGCUGGAUGAACAGCGGAUGCCAUGCAGCCUGGGUGAGGACUCUCUGCUCCUGCUGGAUGCCUGGAGUAGUGCGGGCGUUGAAGCCCCCCCUGCCAUGGGGCAGGAGCUGGGCCCCCCGGGGGCCACACCGGAGCCCGUCCCAGGGGAGUGGGUCUCGUCCUCUUCCAGCUUCGAGUACACCGUCUUCGACCCCAGUUCGGAGCUGCUGGCACCCUGUGGGCACCAGCGCCCGCUCAAAUACAGCUACUUGCUGGUGUCUGACUCAGGGAUCUCUGCUGACUACGGCCCCCUGGGCACCAGCACCAACCGGCCCAACCUCUACACCAACCUGUGCCAGGAUGGGGGCCAGGCCCAGCCCUUCCCAGCCAGCUACGUGAUGUGCUCAUAGUGUUGGCGGACGGGCAGGGGACUCCGGGCCUGGAGAACAGAGAUGGACCCCCAUGU